AACCACAUCCCUACAUUUCGGUGCUUUGACGCAAGUCUCAGUUUAGGUCACGCUGCCAUCUCGCCGGAUGUUUUCGCGUCGACGGUGUGUCACGGAGCCUUUCCGCCGAGACACUUUGUUCUAGACCUCCAUGGAUGGCCCCGACACCGGCCCGAUGAGUCGAGCCCUGUGACUGGCCCGCAGUCUGGGGGGGGGGCCCCGAGCGCUUGAUGUGUGCGACGGACCCAUGGGCCUGAAGGACCAUGCUGCAGGCAACCAAGCAGGCCUCAUCCACGACCUGGGGCUGGAGUUGGAGUACCUCCACAUAGAAGGGGCCGACCGCCAGACUGGCUGCGCCGAGACGGGACUCCCCGCCAUGGAGGAGCCGGGGCAGAGCCGGGCCGCCCCCCCCGGACCCCCCUCGGGACCCCCCACCGCGGAGCCGGAGGGCUCGGACACGGAGCUGGGCGUCGCCGGUGUCGCCGCGGAAACGGCCGACCCCGAGGCCGCCGCCGCCGCCGCGGAGAAACCCAACGAGGGCGGGGAGGGGGCGUCGCCCCACGCCAAGGCCGCCCACCAGCCCCUCUGUCGGGCGCAGUGCGUGGACCUGGGGACCGAGGGGCCCCCAGAACCGCCUCCUGGACCUUCUGUACACGACGCCCCUGACCCCCCCGUCGCUCCGCCCUGCAUCGAGCCCCCCCGGGCGGAGACGGAGCCGGACGAGCCCCCCGCCGCUGGGACGGGGGCGAAGGAGUACCAGGCCAAGCUGGACUUCUCCCUGAAGCUGGGCUACCCCGAGGAGACGGUGCGGCUGGUGCUGUCCAAGCUGGGCCCCGACACGCUCAUCAACGACAUACUGGGCGAGCUGGUCAAACUGGGGAGCCGGUCGGAGGGAGCCCAGCCCCCGGGGACGGCGGCGGCGGCCUCCGCCUGCUCCUCGCUCUCCUCCUCGUCGUCGUCCAACGCCUGCUCUGAUUCGCUGGAGGGCGGGAGGGCGGAGUCCCCCGGGCUGUCGGAGGGCCUGGGUGACCAUGACAACCUGAGGCCCGUGGUGGUGGACGGGAGCAACGUGGCCAUGAGCCACGGCAACAAGGAAGUGUUCUCCUGCCACGGCAUCCAGCUGGCGGUGGAUUGGUUCCUGGAGCGCGGCCACCACGACGUCACGGUGUUCGUACCGGCCUGGAGGAAGGAGCAGUCUCGCCCUGACGCCCCCAUCACAGACCAGGACAUCCUGCGGCGGCUGGAGAAGGAGAAGAUCCUGGUGUUCACGCCGUCGCGUCGCGUGCAGGGCCGGCGCGUGGUCUGCUACGACGACCGCUUCAUCGUCAAGCUGGCGUACGAGUCGGACGGCGUCAUCGUCUCCAACGACAACUACCGCGACCUGGCCAACGAGAAGCCCGAGUGGAAGAAGUUCGUCGACGAGCGGCUGCUCAUGUACUCCUUCGUCAACGACAAGUUCAUGCCGCCAGACGACCCUUUGGGUCGCCACGGGCCAAGCCUGGACAACUUCCUAAGGACCAGACCCAUAAUGCCCGAGCAGAAGAAACAGCCCUGCCCCUAUGGUAAGAAGUGCACGUACGGCCACAAGUGUAAGUACUACCACCCGGAGCGCAGCGCCCAGCCGCAGCGCGCCGUGGCCGACGAACUCCGGGCCAGCGCCAAGACCUGCGCCCUGCCCGCCCGGGGCGGCCCGCCCGGGGACGCCGGCCUGGUCAAGAGCCACAGCGUGCCGGCGGGGGUCCUGGAGGCCAAGAAGGGGGCCCCCAAGAGGCAGUCGGACCCCAGCGUGCGCGCCUUCUCCUACAGCGACGCCGAGGAGCGCCUGCUGCUCGCCAAGGGCCGCGUCGAGGCCGGGAGGGGCGGGGGCGGGGGCGGGGGCGGCCGGGCCCUCGCCGUGUCGCCGGCCCCCGGGGGCCCCCCGCCGCAGGAGCCGGCGGCCCGGGCCCCCGCCCCUCACGGCUGCCCGGGCCCCUGCGCCGAGCUGUACCCCCACUGCGAGUCCCCGGACCUCAGCUACUACUCGGUGACGCGCUCCUACGCCGGCCUGGCGCUCUCGUCCCGCCGCAGCCCCGACUGCCGUUACCCCGGCGACCUGGAGCCGCGGCUGGGCUCGGCGGGCUCCGAGUGCGGCAGCGAGAGCGGCGUGAGCUGCGGCAGCAGCUGCGACUCGGCGUACGGCGAGCGCGCGUGCCCCGCCUCCUUCGCCCCCGAGGCGGCCCCGCCCCCGGAGGAGGCGGGGCUGCUCUACGGCGGCGGCGGCGGCCACCGGCUGUACUCGUGCGCGCCGCACCACCACGGCGGCGGCCACGAGUACGCCCCGCCGCACCACGGCGGCCACGCCCACCACGGCUACCACCUGGGCCGCGGGCCGGGCUGCGGGCACGAGCAGCAGGCCCCGCCCCCGACAGCGCCGCAGGACGGCCUGGCCCCGCCCCCCAAGCGGCCGCUGUACCCCCUGCCGCCCCACCUGCAGCACCAGCCGCUGACGGCCCGCUCCAGUUGCCCCGGCGACUACCACACCCUCCCCCAGAGUAGCCCCCACGCCCCGGGCUCGCCGCUGGGCCGUUGCCUAGCGCCCACGCGCGCCGAGAGCGCCUCGGACUCGCGGCUCUACGAGCACCUCUCGGCCGCCGCCCACCAGCACCACCACCCCCACCCCCACCCCCACCCCCACCACCACCCGCCACCGCCGCUGCCCCCCCCUCCCCGGCAGAAGCCCCCGUCAGGCUGGGAGUCGUACUACAGGCACGCCGCCGCGCUCCCGCCGCCGCCGCCGCCCGCCUCGCGCUACGAGCCGUCGGCCUAUCAGAGCCUCCCGGACACGCGGCAGUCGUCGUGGCACGCCGCCCCCCCGCCCUGGGGUCAGGACGGCUACGGCCAGCAGCAGCAGCACCACCACCACCACCAGCACCACCACCACUCCCACCCGGGCCUGCACUCCCCCUCGCCCCCGCACUACCUGAACCCCCUGCCUCCGCCCUCGCCCUCCCACUCCCCCCGCCUCUCCGGCUUGGCCCCGCCCCUCUACCCCCCGCCCCCGCCCCCGCCGUCGUCGUCCUCCUCCUCCUCCUCGCCCGCGCCCUCCCUCUACGCCCCCGCCCACGGGGGGCCGGACUCGCCGGCGCACGGCGGUCGCCACGACGACGCCCGGGAGAAGGCCUACUUCAACCUGUGCAACAUCUUCCCGCCGGAGCUGGUGCGGCGCGCCAUGGGCCGCCACCCCCACGUCAGCGACCCCCAACAGCUGGCGGCCGCCAUCUUGGCCGAGAAGGCCCAGACGGGCUACUGAAGGACGUGUGCGUCUCGUUGCCGUGGCGACGAGCCUUCCCUCGUUUGGGUUAUCGCCCCCGGGGGGGGGGGAAGGAAGGGUCGUUCCGACAACUGGAGGGUUUCGGUACGGAGCUCUAGCGUCAGAAGAAUUAUUUUUGUAUUCGGUUUUGUUUUCUUUUUCGGGAUGAUUUAUGAGUUAAUGAUAUUUGUCGUACAAGUAUCUGCGUGUCGAAAAAAAAAAAAAAAAGUGGGGGAUUUUUCGCCACGAAUGUGUUGUGGAUUUUUUGGGUUGAUUUGUUCUUUUUCAAUUGAA